GAGGCAACUCGCAAGAGGAAGUUCGAGUACACCUCAAGGGAAACAACUGGCCGUUGCGGUACUCUUCAAAUUGGAGGAUUCUGUCUGGUGUGGACGAAGCCUGGGCAACUUUUUAUCGAAAUAUUCAGAUAUGGCGGACAUCUUGGUUAUUGUUUACAAUGAGUGACAGCCGAGAUGUUCAGAAGGUGAAAGCAGACAAUUAUGGAAGUGCAGUCUUACACAAUCUCGGUAAAUUACGCGAGCGCACAGAACUGUGCGAUUUCAAAGUAUGUGCAGAUGGGAGAGUUUUUGAGGUACAUAAAUGCCUGCUGGCAGCGACAAGCGAUUACUUCAGGGUUAUGUUCGGAGGGGUCAUGACAGAGAGCAAACAGAACAUGGUCGACUUGAAAGGUGUUACAGCUGAUGGUCUUCAGCAUGUUCUAGAUUUUAUCUACAGUGGGGAAAUGCGUCUACACUAUGACAAUCUCACUGAAAUAAUCAACACUGCCAGCCACUUGCAGGUUCAAUCAGGUCUUGAUCUCUGUAGCUCAUAUAUAAUAUCACUAAUGACCUUUGACAAUGCUGAGGACUUUUUAAGUAUUGCUGACACGUACUCUCUCGAAAAAGUUCUCGAACAUUGGGACGAUAUGAUUCAGAGCAAUUUCUUUGAGUUUAGUCAGACGCCACAUUUUCUAAAAAUGAAUUCCGAAAUGUUGAUAAAGCAUAUAUCAAAAAAUAAACUUAGAAUGCCGACAGAAUAUAAACUGUUUCGAUGUGUAGAAAAAUGGUUUUAUUACAAUACCAACAGAAUAGCUUCCGAUGCAUCUUCUGUUUUAAGUCAUAUACGAUUCCCGCUCAUGUCACAAAUGGAGUUGGCAUCAGUUCAGGACAGUGAUGUCAUUAAAAGAUGUCCUCAGGGAGUUCAGUAUGUUGCAAAGGGUUUUCGCUAUCAUAUGGAGAGUAAAGACGGACAUCCGAGCAUGGAGAUCGUAUCUAAUCUCAGGAGCGAGUCCCCUUGCUUAGUGUUUGUUCAUUACGGAUCAUCGUACAUGCCAUUUCAAAUCACUGCUUAUGAUAAUAGAACGCGAAUGUUCUACCGUUUAUUCUCAGAUGUGAACGGGAGUAGAGACUGUCGUGUGGCUGUUAUAGAUAACUUUACGUACAUUUGUCGGGUCGUUGAUUUUGGAGGGGGAAGCCUAAUGAGUUCUGUGUUCAGAUUUGAUCCGCGACAUUUAUGUGGACAAGAAUUGCGACCAAUGAGGAGAUUGAGGCUUGACUUUGCGCUUGUCUCAGUCGGGAAAUUUUUGUACGUUUUCGGAGGUCUAACAGACCAGUUUGCAAUACUUGAUUCUGUAGAACGCUACAACGUCCUGACAAACAUGUGGGAAGACUUACCUCCUCUUCAUGCGGCGACACAUUCCCUGGCGACAAUUAAGUACGAAGAUAAAAUCUACCUCACGGGUGGGGUCGUAUUAUUGGGACCAGAACGACAGGCCAUGAAUACCUUCAUUUGCUACCAUACUACCUCGCGGCACUAUGAAAGUAAACCAGGGAUGUUGUAUGCACGUAGACUUCACGAUAUGGUUUUAGUCGGUGAACGGGUUUAUGUAAUGGGUGGUAUUCCACGCACGGGUACACCUCUUCAUGGACAAAUUCCAAUAGAAUAUUAUAGUCACAUUGCAAAUCAGUGGACACUGUUGUCGAGUACACUUAGUGGGCGGUCUAUUGGUCAUUACAUUUACUUUGACAACAAGGUAUUAUCUCUAGGACACGAGCACCAUAACGCAACCGAGGACGAGGUCUGGUCAUACAGUCCAGACUCGGACACAUGGGCUCGUCACAUUAAAGCUCCGCAGAGAAUGAGUCUCACGCAAGCAAUGUGUGUGAAACAUUUUGUUAACUUCGGAGAUGAAAAAGUGAGUAAGCUCUACAUGAAGGAAAAAUGACUAACACGAAAGAUGUGUAUGUGUGAUUAAUACCCGGACUAUAUACGCCACAUGAUGCACGUGAUUUCAGGCAUAUGGAGAACAAGCAUUACACGAUAUUCAGGUUCCAUUGAGACGAAGAAAAAAUCCUAGUUCAACUUCUUGAUCACAAACGAAAAUGUUGUUGUAUUACCUUGUUGUUACUUUUUAGAUUAGCAGCAAUACCAAAUUUUUUUCAGAUUUUUUAACUCAAAGAGAGGCACUGGCUUGAUAUGAGCUGUCAGUAUUGAUGGGUAUUCUGGCUUCAACUGUUCAUCAUUAGGCAUCCAAUUUUUAUUCCUCACAACUACUUCUGUGAAAAUUCCUGAUUUUUAAACCCCACUCGUGUUACCAUAACUAAAUGCAUAAUUUUGGAUGAAGUCACUUAAAGUUUGUACAUUGUAUCUGUAUCAGUUAACUCUGGCAAGCGACACAGGCCAACAUGGUCCUCCUGAGUUUUGCUUGUUAAUCAUGGCGAAAAAAGCACUUAAAUUGGAACAAGUCCCUAUAAAUAAUUUCAUCUACCUUUUUUGGCCCUCCAGCUUAGCUCAAUAGGGACAGUGCAGGUCUACAGAUUGCGGGGUUGUGAGUAUGAUCAUCCAUGCCUGAAACAAUAAAAGCUGGAAAAGUCACGAUAUUCUCUAAAUGAGCCGCGCCAUGAGAAAACCAACAUAGUGGCUAUGCGACCAGCAUGGAUCCUCACCAUGCGCAUCCAAGCAGUCUGGUCAGGAUCAGUGCUGUUCGCUAACGGUUUCUGUAAUUGCUAUAGGCUUUGAAAGCGAACAGCAUGGAUCCUGACAAGACUGCGCGGAUGCGCAGGCUGGUCUGGAUCCAUGCUGGUCGCAAAGCCAUUAUGUUGGUUUUCUCAUGGAGCUGCUCAAAUUGUGUCAGUGUGACUCAAAACCCAGAGACAGGAACAGUAUGUUUUAACCCUUACCCUGCUAAAUUCCUGUGAUGAACUUGUCCAUCUUUCAGUUUGGACAGUACCAUGAACUGUUAAAAGGGGUGUUUACCAAAAAGAUACAUGUACUGACUGAAUGGGAACAGUGCAGAUCGUGAUCAGACUGCACAGAUGUGCAGGCAGAUCAUGAUCUACACUGGUCGCAAAGGCAGAACUAGUCGUGUCCGGUAUAGUAAAGGCUAACACAGAUGUCCAAAGUAUUUUGUAAAUUGUUUUGAAGCCUGAUUGUAUGCUUUUUGAAGUCUUUCUCACAUUCUGGUGAUUGAUUUGUUAUGUCACUUUCUUAGAUUUUUAUAUAUCAGUAGAUUAGAUAAUUUGUGUGAGUAUUGUGUAGCUAAGCUGCCUGUGUGUAUCUAAGAAUAAAUGUGUUCAUUUAGCUGCCGUUUAGUUGAUUACUUACAGUAAUUUAUGUGUUUCUUAGGAUUGUCUCUUACAGUAGUUGUUUUUAGCUCACCUGUCACAUAGUGACAAGGUGAGCUUUUGUGAUCACGCAGCGUCCGUCGUCCGUCGUCUGUGCGUCCGUCCGUCCGUCCGUAAACUUUUGCUUGGACCACUCUAGAGGUCACAUUUUUUGUGGGAUAUUUAUGAAAGUUGGUCAGAAUGUUCAUCUUGAUGAUAUCUAGGUCAAGUUCGAAACUGGGUCACGUGCCUUCAAAAACUAGGUCAGUAGGUCUAAAAAUAGAAAAACGUUGUGACCUGUCUAGAGGCCAUAUAUUUCAAAAGAUCUUCAUGAAAAUUGGUCAGAAUGUUCAUCUUGAUGAUAUCUAGGUCAAGUUCGAAACUGGGUCACGUGUCCUCAAAAACUAGGUCAGUAGGUCUAAAAAUAGAAAAACCUUGUGACCUCUCUAGAGGCCAUAUAUUUCCCAAGAUCUUCAUGAAAAUUGGUCAGAAUGUUCACCUUGAUGAUAUCUCGGUCAAGUUCGAAAAUGGGUCACGUGCCAUCAAAAACUAGGUCAGUAGGUCAAAUAAUAGAAAAACCUUGUGACCUCUCUAGAGGCCAUAUUUUCCAUGGGAUCUGUAUGAAAUUUGGUCUGAAUGUUCAUCUUGAUGAUAUCUAGGUCAAGUUCGAAAGUGGGUCACGUGCCAUUAAAAACUAGGUCAGUAGGUCAAAUAAUAGAAAAACUUUGGGACCUCUCUAAAGGCCAUAUUCUUCAUGGGAUCUGUAUGAAAAUUGGUCUGAAUGUUCAUCUUGAUGAUAUCUAGGUCAAGUUCGAAACAGGGUCAUGUGCGGUCAGAAACUAGGUCAGUAGGUCUAAAAAUAGAAAAACCUUGUGACCUCUCUAGAGGCCAUACUUGUGAAUGGAUCUCCAUAAAAAUUGGUCAGAAUGUUCAUCUUGAUGAUAUCUAGGUCAAGAUUGAAAGUGGGUCACGUGCCAUCAAAAAGUAGGUCAGUAGGUCAAAUAAUGAAAAAACUUUGUGACCUCUCUAGAGGCCAUAUUUUUCAAGGGAUCUGUAUGAAAGUUGGUCUGAAUGUUUAUCUUGAUGAUAUAUAGGUCAAGUUUGAAACUGGGUCAACUGCAAUCAAAAACUAGGUCAGUAGGUCUUGAAAUAGAAAAACCUUGUGACCUCUCUAGAGGCCAUACCCUUGAAUGGAUCUUCAUGAAAAUUGGUCAGAAUGUUCACCUUGAUGGUAUCUAGGUCAAGUUCGAAAAUGGGUCACGUGCCUUAAAAAACUAGGUCAGUAGGUCAAAUAAUAAAAAAACCUUGUGACCUCUCUAGAGGCCAUACUUUUCAUGGGAUCUGUAUGAAAGUUGGUCUGAAUGUAAAUCUUGAUGAUAUCUAGGUCAAGUUUGAAAUUGGGUCAACUGCGGUUAAAAACUAGGUCAGUAGGUCUAAAAUUAGAGAAAUCUUUUGACCUCUCUAGAGGCCAUAUUUUUCAAUGGAUCUUCAUGAAAAUUGGUCAGAAUGUUCACCUUGAUGAUAUCUAGGUCAAUUUCGAAACUGGGUCACAUGCGGUCAAAAACUAGGCCAGUAGAUAUAAAAAUAGAAAAACCUUGUGACCUUUCUAGAGGCCAUAUUUUUCAUGAGAUCUUCAUGAAAAUUAGUGAGAAUACCUUGAUGAUGUCUAGGUAAAGUUCAAAACAGGGUCACGUACCUUUGAAAACUAGGUCAGUAGGUCAAAUAAUAGAAAAGCCUUGUGACCUCUCUAGAGACCAUAUUUUUCAAUGGAUCUUCAUGAGAAUUGGUCAGAAUUUUUAUCUUGAUAAUAUCUAGGUCAAGUUCAAAACUGGGUCACAUGACCUCAAAAACUAGGUCACUAUGUCAAAUAAUAGAAAAAACAACGUCAUACUCAAAACUGGGUCAUGUGGGAAAAGGUGAGCGAUUCAGGACCAUCAUGGUCCUCUUGUUUUUAUUUCAGUCCCUUCUUCAACCACUCCCUCAACCCCACCCCUGGCAGUUUUAACCCAUUGAAUGGCAUCUUAUUGAACCAAUCGGUAGAUUUAACCAUACUAUAUUUUUAGGAGUCUCCCAGGAGAACUUAAAUACUACAUUACACAAAAUUAUUUAAGAAGACCUAAAAUAAUCUAGCUACAGUCUGAUGGGAAGAAAUUGCAAGCAGUUUUCUAGUGGAAAAUCUAGAAAUUUUAUUUGAUAGUCUUGAAAUAAUUUGUGUCUGUAAUGCACAAAUCCUGAUUGUUUAAUUCCUUGAUACGCCAAAAAGUCUGAUUGGUUAAUCUGAAAGUCUUCGCAGAAAAUCUUGAAGCAUUUUGCCAUUUAAAUAACCAUUUUAAUAGGAUUGGUACAUUUAACUACUGAAAUGUUAUAGUUUAUUGCAGUAAGAUGCUCACAAAUCUAUUGACUAUGCUGAAUUUGGAAUCGGUUCUAAAAUAGCACAAACACAUACAAAAAAGUGAAGUUUUAACCUUUACCCUGCUAAAUUUCUAUAAUGGACUGGUCCAUCAUUCAAUUUGGGCAAUACCAUUUAUUAUUUGAAGGGGUGUUUACUGAAAAUUUAGUAACUGAAUGGUGAACAGUACAGACCAUGAUCAGACUGCACGGAUAUGCAGGCUGAUCUUGGUCUGCACUGGUCGCAAAGGCAGGAUCAGUUGCCAGCAGCAGGCUAAAGGUUAAACUCUAACAAGUUACUCCUUUACACAGUUUAGAGAGGGUCACUGGCUUCAAAUCACUUGUCCCUAGUUGCUGUAGGUUCUAAAUCUUGCUUAGGGUGUAGAAUUCUGUUUGAGGAAAUGCUAAAGAUCUGUGGUUCAACCUAGUGCCAGCCUGGGCUUAAAAUAAUUCUCGGAGAGACACCCACCGUGAAUUGCUGGAAAGUCAACCAUAUGACUUGUAAUUCUGUCAGUGUGAUGUUAAACCCAGCCAAAACAAAACAGUUUAAUACAUGUUGUGUACAUAAUGUUUGAUAUAUAUAUAACAUCAUAAGGGCAUGGUCCCUCUAAACAUUGGAGAGAUUAUGAUAAGGUUUUCAUUCUUAUGUAGCUGGUAUGUAAUGCUUUUUUAGUCAUUUUAGGCAGAUAUGCUGGUAGUAUGAAUGAGCUUGGAUUUUAUGGAGGUUCUUUCUUUGAUACAAAGUAAAUAAUUUUGCCAAGUUUUUUAUAUGGAAACUGGACAUUAAUUUGGCAUAUAAUUUGAUAAGUAUAUAUAUAAAUAUCUGUACUUGUAGCCAGAUAUUUUAAUGUUUUUUGACAGAAUAAUGGUGAUUUUUAGCUCACCUGAGCACAAAGUGCUCAAAGGUGAGCUUUUGUGAUCGCCCUGUGUCCAUCGUCAGUCGUCUUCCGUCCGUCCGUCGUCAACAAUUUGACUGUUAACUCUCUAGAGGUCACAUUUUUGGCCCAAUCUUAAUGAAACUUGGUCAGAAUGUUACCGUCAAUAAAAUCUUGGACGAGUUUGAUAUUGGGUCAUUUGGAGUCUCAAUAACUAGGUCACCAGGUCAAAUCAAAGGAAAAGCUUGUUAACACUCUAGAGGUCACAUUUUUAGACCAAUCAUAAUGAAACUUGGUCAGAAUGUACCUUUAAAUAAAAUCUUGGACGAGUUCGAUAUUGGGUCAUCUGGGGUCAAAAACUAGGUCACCAGGUCAAAUCAAAGGAAAAGCUUGUUAACACUCUAGAGGUAACAAUUUUGACCCAAUCUUAAUGAAACUUGGUCAGAUUGUUAUCCUCAAUAAAGUCUUGGACGAGUCUGAUAUUGGGUCAUCUGGGGUCAAAAACUAGGUCACCAGGUCAAAUAAAAGGAAAAGCUUGUUAACACUGUAGAGGUCGCAUUUAUGACUGUAACUUCAUGAAACUUGGUCUGAAUGUUAAUAUUGAUGAUCAUAAGGUCCAGCUUGAAUCUGGGUCAUGUAGGAUCAAACACUAGGUCACCCAGUCAAAUCAAAGAUAAAAAGCUAGUUUACACUGUAGAGGCCACAUUUAUGACCAUAUCUUAAUGAAAACUUGGUCAAAUUGUUAAUCUUGAUGAUCUAUAGGUCAAGUUCAAAUCUGGAUCAGAUGGGUCAAAAACUAGGUCACCAGGCCAAAAUAAAGGAAAAGCUUGUUAACACUCUAGAGGCCACAUUUAUGACUUCAUCUUCAUGAAACUUAGUCAGAAUGUUAAACUUGAUAAUCUUUAGGUAAAGUUCGAAUCUGGGUCAUGUCAUGUCAAAAACUAUGUCACCGGGGCAAAUCAAAGGAAAAGCUAGUUAACACUUUAGAGGCCAGAUUUAUGACCAUAUCUUAAUGAAACUUGGUCAGAAUGUUAAUCUUGGUGAUCUUUAGGUCAAGUUUAAAUCUGGGUCAGGUAGGGUCAAAAACUAGGUCACUAGGUCAAAUCAAAGGAAAAGCUUGUUAACACUCUAGAGGCCACAUUUAUGACUGUAUCUUCAUGAAAUUUAGUCAGAAUGUUAAACUUGAUAAUCUUUAGGUCGAGUUCGAAUCUGGGUCAUGUCGGGUCAAAAACUAGGUCACUAGAUCAAAUCAAAGGAAUAGCUAGUUAACACUUUAGAGGCCACAUUUAUGACCUUAUCUUAAUGAAACUUGGUCAGAAUGUUAAUCUUGAUGAUCUUUAGGUCAAUAGGUCAGGUGAGCGAUACAGGGCCUUCAUGGCCCUCUUGUUUUUUUUUGCAUUUUGUACUGUUUAGAGAAAAAUGGCCUUUUGUAAAUUUUUGACAGUUUGUAAUAUUUAGAGAUUUAGCUUUGUGCAUAUAUUGCUUAAGCAUUCCCAUUUUGACUUCAUACUUGAUUGUAUAAUUUGAAAAUGCACAAAAAUGUUGCCUAAUGUACCAUGUCCCCCACAAUUGAAGUAAAAAGUGCACAACUUUAAGUUGCUUUAAGCGGCAUGUCCCCUACAACUGAAGGAAAAUUUAGCCAGAGAAUGGGGCAUCAGUGCCCAAGUGGUUUAAGUUGCCGAAUUUUAAACACUUGUCCCAUAACUCUGCAGGUUUGAGUCCAGGAGCUGUCAUUUGAGGAAGCCGUCUAUGUUGACGGUUCUACCAAAGUACCUGCCCAUGUCUGUAAUAAUUCCCAAAGGUUCACCUUGACCGUGUCUUCCUGCAUCAUAAAAAACUGAACAGUUACAAUGUGACAUUAAUUGUGUCAGUGUCACCUUGAAUGGUGACCGUGUCACCUUGAAUUUUGUCAGUGCGACAUUGAAUUGUGUUCAUUUUAACCGAACAAAAUAUAAAACUAGAGCACUUUCAUAUGCAAGUAAUUUUAAAUUACAAGUCAGUUAUAUGAUUUAGGCAUUUGUUUUGUCUGAAAAUGUGUAGAAAAGCUCUUUGUUAGUAAAUUGUAUGUAAAGUAUUAAGAUAUUAUCAUUCUGUAUUUAACUAUUACUCCAAUGGUAUUGACCUUAAAUACAACAUAUUUAUACAUGAGUUUAGCCAACAUAUGUAUACAACAGAAAGCAUCUUUUAAAAUUGACUGAAAUGUUACUCUUAGUAAUCAGUUUGUCUAAAUAUAGCCUAGAUAUAAAUAUGUCUAAAUAUCAGUACAGAUAUGUCUAAAUAUAGAUAUAAAUAUGUAUAAAUAUCAGUAAAAAUGCGUCAAAAUAUAGAUAUGAAUAUGUCUAAAUAUAUGUACAAAUAUGUCUUAAUAUAGGUACAAAUAUGUCUAAAUAUAUGGGUAUAAAUAUGUCUAAAUAUGUUUAGAUAGAGCUUAAAGUCCUAAACCUGUUUAUGAAUGUCUUUUCGUUGGUAACUUUUACAUGAUGAAGAAUUGCUAUUUAUAACAGUUUAGCAUGAUCUUUUCUUGUUAUAUAAAUAGGGAAUUUUUCUUCAUAUAUCAGCAGCCAAAGCCAUCAGUUAUAAAAGGAGCGUUGAAUUGCAAUUUGGCUGGUUUUCAGGCGUUCAUCUUUUCAUAAAUUUUUACCGAUUUUUCAGUUGAUUUUUAGAUGUGAAGUGUUGUGUAUUUUGUACAUCUAUUGAGAUACAUGUAAAUGUGGUAAAUUUUGUCAGGUAUAACAGAACUGCCUCAAAAAAUGAACAUUUUGAGAAGCUCACAAGGUUUUGUUUUUUUAAUAUAAAGAGUUAAUACGAAAAUGUGUCUUGGGCUUUUAGCAUGGGUUGCUGUUUGCUGUUUUUGUAAUUCUAGGUAAGAAAAGAUGUGUCUCCUGCUAGGCUGGUCAUUAGCAGGAAGGUGUUCUAGUGAUGAGCCGACCAAUCGUGGUGUCGAAUCAAUGAAUCGUGACAUAAAGGUCCAGGAUAUGAUCGUUGAUGCUUUUCUUUAUCAUUGGUGAAUUUUGACGGCCUUAUAAUCUGAACAAAAGUCAAAUAUAAUAAAAUUACCGUCGAUCAUAUUUUUAGAUUUAACAAGUUCCUAUUAUCACCAAAGAAGUGCUUUAAAAUGACAUAUAUUUCGAAUGAUAUUGUUUUUUUAAAGGGAUGCAGUGGUCUUGUUGUCAAGGUGUUGGCUGCUCAACCUGGGGGGGGGGGGUGGGGGGGGGGGUCAUGUGUUCAAGCUCCACUGGGGUCAUGACCAUUUGACACUAGUACUGGUUUUCCCCGGAAGCAGACUCGAGAGUGGUUCUAUUAAGCUUGUAGCUUUCCUCACAAUCAAGCUAAUAUAAAUUAGUAUAAACUUAAAAGAAAUUAACUGAAAGCAUAAAAAAGCUUGUUUCAGAAAGUUACAAUCAAACAGUAAGUAAAAUGUCAGCUGUUUGGCAAAAAAUAUGGUUUUCAUGGAAAAAUUAUUGAAAAUUAUUUUCAUAAUAUCAGGUAUGGAGUUAUCGCUGAUCAAUAAGGGAUUUCUUUAUAAUUCUAAGCAUGACUGGUAACCCAUGCAAGCCCCUAUUUUUUAAAGCGGCUGUUUUUAAACUUGUCUGUAAAUAGGUUUCUAUGGUUAUGACACAGAGGCAGUUUUUAUGUUUCUCUGAAAACAUAAAAGGGACGAGGGUACAUUAUAUGAAUACAUACAUUUUGCCCUUGCUGCCCGUCUAUAGACACACUUGUAUGUGCCGUUAACCAUAGAAAUACUCUAUUUUAGGCUUACAUAUACCUACCUCAGAAUUAGAUAAAAUUGUAAGUCCUUAACAUUGAAAAUGUGACUAUGACUACCUCUCAAUGUUGAAUUCUGUUAUGAAAUUGUCUUUUUUGUAAUGCCAUAUUUUCUACAAAAUUUUGAGUGUGAAGUAUAUACAUGUAAGGUAAAUUGCACAGGAAUUAAAAUUGAUUUGGUUUUUGUUAAAAGUAUGUGACUAUGUUAGCAGACGCCACUAUUGUUAACUGCACGCCAUCUCAGAUUUUCAAAAUGCUUUAUUUCAAAGAACUGUGUCUGUUUUUCUAUUUGCAAAUGUCGGUUUUUGUUAAAAGCUUGUGACUUUGUAAGCAGACGACAUUAUUGUUAAGUGCGGGCUGACUGAAAUUUUCAAAAUGCUUUAUUUCAAAGAACUGUCUGUUUUCCUAUUUGCAAAUGUUGGUUUUUGUUAAAAGCUCAUGACUUUGUUAGCAGACGACAUUAUUGUUAAAUGCGGGCCGUAUCAAAUUUUCAAAAUGCUUUAUUUCAGAGAACUGUGUCUGUGUUCCUAUUUGCAAAUCAUUUUCAAGUCCGCCAUUUUGUGAAAACAAGAUGUACCUCAGAUUUGAAAGUUGAGGCCUUACAGUGAUUUCGAAAUGACUGCUUGAAAAUUGACCCAAUUUUGUUGAUGUAGGAUUUAAGGUGGUGGACUCCAAAUGACAUAAUCAACAUUUUCAGUUUGAUUGCUUAUUCUCCGAAUGCAAUUUUAGCAUUUUCUGGUUGUUGCAGAAAAGAAACUUUCUUUUGUGGCCAAAGUAUUGCAAAAUUGUAUACAAGGAUAUGUAAUCAUGUGCAGAAAUUGUCAGUAGUUGUCAUUAUGGGUACGCCACCUUAAUAGAUUUAUUUCGGUUAUGAAUCUUUUCCAGUUUGUUCUAUUCAGCAGGAUUACAUGUUAUUUACUGAUGAAAGAUUGAACAUAAAGAAAACAUUUGAGCCACGCCAUUAGAAAACCAACAUAGUAGCUUUGCGACCAGCUCGGAUCCAUGGAUGCGCAGGCUGGUCUGGAUCCAUGCUGGUCGCAAAGCCACUAUGUUGGUUUUCUCAUGGCGCGGCUCAUUUUUGUAUCAUAAUUGUAAGAUAUGCUGUAUCUGCUUUGAAAAUUACCUCGUAUACUUUUUGUGCCCCACAGUACAUUAUUUAGUGGAGGAUGGGGCACUUGGGCUUACCUUUGUCUGUUUGUCUAUUCAUCUGAAAUUCUGUUACACA